UCAUUUGUCACAAUAUUGACUUGAAAUUGAAAUUUUUGGUAGAUGUCCUUUAAUGUGGUUAAAUAAUAAUUAAUUUGAUUCGUAUAUCAUAACUCAAAACGUUAUGAAAUAUAUAUCCUUUACUUUUAUUUUAACUUUAAUUUUUGCGGGGUAUGUGAUAAAUACAAUAUGGACUUUAGCUGAAAUUUUUAUACCGCCCGAAUGCAGUCGUGGCGAUAGAUGUUUUACAAAUUAUUUGGCUUCAAACCCUGUACAACAUCUUGUUCUAUACACGUCCAUAAAGGAAUUUCCUUAUGAAAAUGGAAAAUUUGAAUCUUCGGUUAAUAAAGUGUACACUUCGCUUAAAUUCGACUAUCGAAAUCCGGCAACUAUGGAAGUAACAUUAAAAAUACCUCGCAAGACACGUAACAAUGGAACUUUCUUUAUGCAUGCCGUUCUUUUGGAUGAAAGUCAACUCUACAACGACUUUAUAGAUAUAUUUAGAAGUGAAUCCGUGCAUACCUUACCUUUGGUUACAUACACUGAACCUCAAGCUGCUACAUUCAAUUUACUCAAAGACAACACUGAGGGAGAUGCACAAAAAUAUAAAGAAGUUAAACCAUACUCACAUAUAUCAACAGUAGCUCCAUUGUCAAUACUAACCGAUAAUUUGAACUUGCCUGCUCGUAAAAUUCCGCCUGAAUUGCAUCCAUAUAUGCGGGUCCGGGGCAAAAACUUUUUGCCAAUUAUACAGCAUAAUGUUCUCAAAUCGAGGAUAUCUAAUUUACUUCUACUAAAUACCAGUACUACUGAAGUUAAUGUCACUGUUAAUGUGUCACCCUCGUCCUACGGUUCUUUGAGACUGGCACUACACGUGAGACUAGCUUUGAACCAGCUCCACAGUUUAGGAUUCAGUGAAAAAGAUAUUGAUGACGUCAAAGGCAUCUUCGCUGAUACAAAUCUGUACUUAUUAUCAGCCACUGUUUUAAUUGCUAGUUGUCAUUUACUAUUUGACUUCCUAGCAUUCAAGAAUGAUGUUUCAUUCUGGCGUCGCAAGAAAACCUUAGCUGGUUUGUCUUCAAGAACGGUGUUCUGGCGAGCUUUCUCUCAGUCUGUGAUAUUCUUUUACCUUCUCGAUGAGCAGACCUCACUACUUGUUCUAAUUCCUGCGGGAAUUAGUGCUCUGAUUGAGAUAUGGAAAGUGAAGAAAGUUCUACACAUACGUAUAACAUGGCGUCCGUUCCGUAUAUACCGGGAAGUGACGUCAGAUGAGGCUGAGAAGACGACUGCUCGGGCAGAUGCCGAGGCUAUGAAAUAUUUGUCCAUGUUACUAUACCCGCUGUGUGUAGCGGGCGCUAUAUACUCGCUGGUCUACGAACCACAUAAGAGCUGGUACUCUUGGGCGUUACACAGUGUCGUGAACGGCGUGUAUGCCUUCGGAUUCUUAUUUAUGUUGCCGCAGCUGUUCGUGAACUACCGCCUGCGGUCAGUGGCUGCCCUGCCGUGGAGAGCCUUCAUGUACAAGGCCUUUAACACCUUUAUAGACGACGUCUUCGCCUUCAUCAUCACAAUGCCGACCGCGCACAGAGUAGCUUGUUUCAGAGACGACCUAGUGUUUCUUGUUUAUCUGUAUCAGAGAUGGCUCUACCCGGUCGAUAAGACCCGUACCGAUACUUCUGUCAGUAUGGACGAAGUGGCCGAGGAGGUCACAGACAAACAGAAGAAUGACUGAUGUUAUAUAGGACAUGUAGUAAAUUAAAUUAGAGGCUACGUUAUAUUAUUUUUGGGUUCCGUACAUCUGAAUGAUCAUCCGUCCGUUUGGCGAAUAUUGUUAUGAUUUUAUAUAUUCUAACAUUGAAAUGUUUUUGAAAUAAUCUGAAUGAAAUGAUAAUGCACUAUUUUUACAUUAAAAAAUUGAUUUUGUCAGACGGAGUGCUAAUGAAUUAAGUUCUUUAUAUUUUUAUUAUAAAGCUUGUCUAUUGACGGAUCGUUUAAAAGAAAUAUAAUGUAUAACUAUCGCGGAACCCUUUGUUGACAUGGAAUUAAAAAGAAUUAUUCUUAUCUUUAAGUAGUUAAAAUUAAUUUUACAUGACAUUAUACGUUAUUUAUUGUUCUCAGUGUAACCUGCAGGUUUAUUAAUAUUGUAAGUUAUAUGUUAUAAAAUUUUCAUAGAUGUCUGAUUGUUUUAACAAUUUAUAGUUAUAUGUAUACGCAACUAUUAUGUAAAAGAUGAUCGUAAUAACUUUUGCAAAAGAACUUUUAAAUUUGGUAAUGAUUCAUUGAUAAACAUGUAAUUCCUAUAGAAGCCAGUGUUGCUAUCGCUUGAAAUUUUCCAAUAUCUUUAAGUUUCAUUUUAAUUCGGUUUAUAUAUGUAUAGAGACAUGCUCAACGUUAAAUAAAAUGUUUUUUUGUUA